AUGCUUGAAAUUUUGUAUUACGGAUGUGCAGCUAUUGCUGCAGCUGUACAUGCAGUCAUAAAUACUGGGAAGUAUAUCAUUCACAUAAAUUAUGAACUGGUUGCAAGAGUGGUACAACUUAUUUCUCACAUUAUAUCCAUAAUGGUUUCAUUUUAUGAUCACAUCAAGCUUGUUUUUAUUUCAAUUAUUGACUUCGUCCUUGAAAUUCAAACUCUUUGUAAUUCAAUAAUAAUGAUGGUUUGGAAAGUAAUUCUGCAUUCUACUGGAUUUAUUCAUUCAUGCUAUUCAAGUUUCAUCACUUUCUGCCUUAAUUUGGCUAACUACAUUAUCAAUGGCUGUCUUGCAGUAAGAACUUUAAUUGUUAAUGGCAAUGAACUGAUCAUGAUGAUGACCCAGAAUAGCUUUGGACUUCUUGUUAGUGUGACAACUGCUUUUUAUUUUACUGUAACAGCAAUAGGAAGUUGUUGUUACAAUUUAAUACUAGGAGCCUGGCAUGGUCUUGGAUUUGUGCUUUCAUCUGUGGCAUAUUUCCCACUGUAUGUUAUGCAAUGUAUUGAAAAUUCAUGGAGAAAUCUUACAGUGACAUGUGCAAAUAUAAUCACUGCCAUAACAAAGGAGACAUAUCUUGGAAUAGUUGUUCUAUGCUUACUUUAUCUUACAUUAUCUAAUACCAUUCGAUACAUGUAUUGCCGAGGCCUUUCAUUGUUUCCUAGAAGAUUGAACAGUAGGCGAGGAAGAGGGAGUCAUUUUAACUGGCAAGUGGAUAGAGGAUUUGAAAGUGAUUUUGAAGAUUUGUAUGGAUCAGAUGCAGAGGAUAAUCCUUUAACUAUUGAAAGAGAUCAAAUCAAUGAUAGCGAUGGAGAUAGCAGUAGUGAUGAAGAAACAAAUAAUACUGAUUCCAGCAGUUCUGAUGUGUCAGAUAAUGAUUCUGAUGAAUACACUGUUGUUACAGAGGAAUCAGACAGUGAUGGUUCUAUCAAUUCACAGACAUUCUCAACAGAAUCAAGUGAUCAUGAAAUAGAGGUUCAGCUUCCUCAAGUUGAACAGUACAGUCUUCGCCACAGGUCAUCAACCCCAUCCAGAGCACACAAAUUUAUGAGUAGUCCAGAAGACUUCGACAGAGAAAUGGAGAGAGAAAGGGAUAAGAGAAAAUGUGUGGUGUGUCAAGAUGAAAUCAAGUCUGUGCUUGUGCUGCCUUGUAAGCAUAUGUGUAUGUGCGUCCUUUGCGCUGAGCAGAUAGUCAGGUC